GCUGAAUGCACGCACACACCGGCCCGGGCCAGUUGAGGACUCCCAAAUCCUACCGGGCAUCGAGGCUGGCACACGGCGGGGCACCGAGAGCUCUCUGCCCGCUCUGACUGCCCUGCUGCACCGCUGGUUGGCGUGCUCUUUCUCUCUGAGGCGUCCGCCAGCGAGACUCUGCGAGACUUUCAUACCCUGUGGUGCUGGGCAGAGCGUUAUGGCUCAGACGCUGCAGAUGGCGAUCCCUAACUUUGGCAACAAUGUCCUGGAGUGUCUGAACGAGCAGCGGCUGCAGGGCCUCUACUGUGAUGUCUCCGUGGUUGUCAAGGGACAUGCCUUCAAGGCCCACCGUGCAGUGCUGGCAGCCAGCAGCUCCUACUUCCGGGACCUGUUCAAUGCUGGGGGGAAGAGCUCGGUGGUGGAGCUACCCCCGGCCGUGCAGCCCCAGAGCUUCCAGCAGAUCCUGGCCUUCUGCUACACGGGGCGCCUCAGCAUGAAUGUUGGAGACCAGUUUCUGCUCAUGUACACCGCCGGCUUCCUCCAGAUCCAACAGAUCAUGGAGAAAGGCACAGAGUUUUUCCUCAAGGUCUCCUCUCCAAGCUGUGACUCCCAGGGUCUCCAUACUGAGGAGACCCCACCCUCCGAGCCUCAGAGUCCCGUCACUCAAACAGUGGGAGCAGGCGGGGUCGGCAUUGGUGCUGUCACUGUAGGGAGGCCCGCCUCUUGUCUGACGCCCCUUCCCCUUGUGUCCAAGGUGAAGACUGAACAGACAGCCACAACACCUCAGCCAGUGCCACAGCCACAGCAGCCGGAGGGCUCUCCCUACUCUGUGGUCUGCACCCCUGUGGCCAAGCGGCUAUGGGAGGGGGGUAACCGUGAUGGAGGAGGGGGGUCUGGAGGGGGUGGGGGAGGUGGGAUGAGGAAGGCUGCACGCUACUCUUCGUCCUCCUCUUCCUCGUCCUCUUCCAAUACAGUAAACCAGGAUGCCAUUGGCCGCGGACCCACUGCUAACGCUUCUGUGGUGGGCAGUGGAGGCACCACUUUAGUGGGAGGAGCUGGACUCAACAGUAACCACAACAACAAUAACAACAACGGCGGGACCCCCGAGGGCACGAGCCCGGGCACCCUGAGCAUGUACACCAGCGACUCGCCCAUCAGUUACCACGACGAUGAGGAGGAGGAUGAUAUAGCAGAUGAGACUGAAGAGCAAUACAGACAGAUCUGCAACAUGUACACCAUGUACAGCAUGCUGAACGCCGGAGCAGCAGUUGUUGGGGAGCGGGUCGAGGCUCUACCAGACUUGGCCCCAGACUCAGGGGGCGGGCGGGGAGGCAGAGGGGGGCGGUCUCGGCAGGACCUGGCAUCGCUGCCCGCCGAGCUCAUUAGCCAGAUCGGUAACCGCUGCCACCCGAAGCUGUACGAGGAAGGAGACCCGGCUGAGAAGCUGGAACUGGUGAGCGGGACCUCUGUGUUCAUCUCCCGCGCCCAGCUCAUGAACUGCCACGUCAGCGCUGGCACCCGCCACAAAGUGCUGCUCAGACGCCUGCUGGCUGCAUUCUUCGACAGGAGCACUCUGGCUAACAGCUGUGGAACAGGCAUCCGCUCCUCAACUAACGACCCCAGUCGUAAACCUCUGGACAACAGAGUGCUGCACGCUGUCAAAUUCUACUGCCAGAACUUCGCGCCGAGCUUCAAGGAGAGUGAAAUGAACGCCAUUGCGGCUGACAUGUGCACCAAUGCCCGUCGCGUCGUCCGCAAGAGCUGGAUCCCCAAACUUAAACUGCUGAUGGCCGACAGCGACGCCUACUCCGCUUUCCUGGCUGACAGCGUGAAGAUGGAGGCUGACGCGUUGGGGACAGACCACGGUUUUGACCCCGCCUCACUGGAAGCUGUGGCUGCAGCAGCAGCAGCAGCCACCAACAACAGCGAAGCGGGAAGCGGAGCCACGCCAGCAGAUGGCCUGCAGGGGACAGGAGGAGAUAGCAGCACUUUGUUUUGACCCAGAAUGAAUCACUGCAGUUUGUUCCUGAAUGCUCUUCUUGUGGAGAGAGAUGGAAAGACAUGGAGAAAGGUAGCAGAGGGAGGUUCCCCCCCAGUUCCUUAUCCUUCUGCAACCUUUAGAGACCUGAUUGUUUCAGCCUUUAUUUUUUAUGUUUUUAAGAGUGUGUACUGUCACUAAAGCCCUUUUCUUAUCAUAAUCAAUCAUAAACAUUCCCUGGGGGAGGGGGGCAGGGAGGGGUAAUCCUGUUUGGAGAAGGUGACAGUUCCUUCUCCAAGCUUCGGUAACACUGUUGUUUUGAUAUUGAAUGUAUGCGUGGUGAAGCAUUCGAAAUGCAGCUGAGUGAGCUUGUGCCGAGCCCUUUUUGGUUUAGUUUUUUUUUUGUUUUGCUUUAUUUCAUCUGCCAGAUGAAAGCUUCUCUGAGAGCACGGGCUUGGUGAGGUCAGGAGUUGAAAUGAAUAUUAAUAUGUAUAUUGGCAUGGUUUAUGAUCUCCUCGACCUCAGCCUGCUCUUUAACCCCUGCUAGGCAUGCUGGGAGGCUUACCUACUGGUCUUUAUAGAAAUGCUCUGACUUGGACAGCAGCAUUUUGAUUGGCUGGUGAGUGAUUUGUUAGCUGGUUUAGUGGCUAAUCAGAAACCUUCACCCCCCCCAACCUUCCCCAUUUUUGACCGUUAAACUCUUAAAAAAAAAUAUCAGUUUACUUUUUCUGUGUUAAUUUUUUCCUUUGUGUGUGACGUUUGCCAAGACUCCUGAAAGAGAGGAAACUUGUUACCGAUGAUUGUCAAAGAGUUUGCGUGUGAUAAAUGCACUGUUAUUUCCUGCGGUAUGAGUACAAUCGAACUAAGUUUUUCUAUGUAUCAGAAUGAGAAAAGGGGGGUGGCUUUAUUUAAAAAACAGGCAAAAAAGAGAAAAAUAAUACAAGCUGGAAUCCAAUUUCUAAGUUUGUUUAGCUCCCAUUUUUUUUAAAAAUCAGAAUGAAAGUCGAGAAUUGUCUUAAAGCGAGUUUCUGCCUGUGAGCUUAGUGACAUAUUGAGUGUGUUUGCGUGCGUCUGUGUGUGUGUGGUGGUCUUUUCAUGUCAGCUCAUGUUUAAAUUGAUUUCCCUGAGAAUAUUAACAGAAUCAGCUUCCUCAGGCUCUGCCGCCUGGAUGUGUCCUCGCCUGGCAUAAAUAAAGGUGCUAAUUCAGGCAGCGGUACAUGGCGAGGAAUAUGGCUCUGUGCGUAUGUGUAGGUGUGUGGUUGAAUGGCGGCACAGUUUGCAUCGGUGCUGCAGCAGAGUGUGAGAGAGAGAGAGAGAGAGGCAGGCCAGACUGAGUGUUUCACACACGCUUGGGCGAUCCAUUCACCCAUCACUGCAGUGAGCACACAUACAUGCGCUAAUACGCAUUUGGGGGCUGUCAGCUGCAUCAGGUACAGUACACCAGAGCGAUGUGGGAAUUAAAGGGGAAUUGCAUCGAAGCAUGCCUUACAUCACGUGUAAGCAAUCAGCUCAAAUACAUGUUGUGUUUAAGGAGGAUGCAGCAGAAGUGUCGCUGCACUGACUCCAGAGUUCUGCGUGUUUAAAAGUUAAAUUCCUGCUUUUAUAAGUGCUUUAUAAAGUGGCAAAAAGAAAGCUGCUAAAUGAUAGAAAUCAGAGAAAAACGUUGGCAUAGAAACAACCCUGAAAGUCGUCACAGUCAUGUUUACUUUUGGCACUUGCGUGUGUGAAUGGUAGCUUUCAAGAAAAAAAAAAGAACAAAAGUGCAGAAGUAGUUUUUUUUUUUCUUUUUAGAAAAAAAAAAACUGGCCUUCAUCUUUGGCAGUACAGCUGAAUGCAGUCAUCAAGAAAACCCUGGAGAGGGCUUUCUGCUCUUGUUCAGGUUGAGGUUGAAUGCAGGUCCAGACGAACUUCUGAUUUAGUCCCACUAAAUCAUCAAUCAUCAAUGCCAUUGUGAUGCUUCAAAUGGAUGUUCAGUCUGUUUUUACACCAGCUUUUAAUUUCAGUCUUCUAAUCUUGUUCAAUUCAAAAGAGUGGCAAUUGAUAACCAAUAACUAGAGCUUGACUGAUAUAUUGGUUGGCCAAUAUUGGCCUGACAGCUGUAUAUGUAACUCCAUAUAUGCUGUUACUCCUUAUUUUGACUGGCUCUGUAGUGUAGUGGUUUACCAAUUUGCCUAACAAGCAAAGGAUACCCAGUUCAGUCUUGGGAGGAGACACAAAUCCCUUGGGGGUUGCGUCAGGAGGGGCAUCCGGCGUAGAAAUUGUCCAAAUCAAAUAUUCGGAGCCACCAGCUGUGGUGACCCCAUGUGACUACGGGAGCAGCUGAAAGUAGCUUUGCUCCUUAUUUUUGCAGAAGAGGAAAAACUUCCUUAAUAAAGCAGUUUAGAAAUAGUGUUUUUGCAUAGUUUAUUCAACAGAGCGGCCUGGACUCUAUUGUUUACAAUAUUCUUGGUACUCUCCAAGUACAGAGUAGCAUCACAGCUGAGCAGAUGGUGGCGUGGAAUCGAGCAGUACCUUCUAGUUAAGUUGAUAACUAGUUUGUGAAAUAUAUUUUUAUAUCAUGCAGAGCACAGACUUUGGAUGGUUGCUGUGGGGUUGCUGAGAGAUGUUCCUCACUGAGUGGAGUUCUCGUGGGAGAGAAAGAUCUGUGAUUCUGAAGUAGCCCUUCACUAUGAAGACUGAAAAAGUACUGAUACUGUGUGUGGAGUGGUGCUGACAAGAGACGGGUGAGGUGAAAUCAUAUUAAUGGAGUGGUCAGUAUCACAUUACUCUAAGUUUAAUCAAAGCUUGCCAACAAUUGUUAAACCAAACCUAAUGAGAGUGAAAGAGGAGCUUUUUAUUUGAGGCAAAGAUAAGUCAAAGUUAAGAGUAGCAGGCUUCCAAACACAGACUGAUUAAGACUUCAGCUGGAUGGAUCAGCUCCAUAGAUCAGCCCGCUGUCACUGACAGGAUCAGACCAAUAUCAGACCCAAAUAUCAGAUUCUUGCAUCCCUUAUAUCUCAAUUUUCAUUGUUCCCAAAAAACCAGUAUAGUCAGGCUCUACUAAAAUCUUUUUUUCCACUUUAAAUAUAUUAUUUCCCCUUUUUAAGUUUCCAUUUUCUCGUGUGUUAAACACAUUGUUGCAUUGGGAUUCUGUUGCUUUAUAUUUUCCACUGUGAAACUGGAUUUUUUUUGAGCAUGCCAAAACCCAAACAAGACACACACUUUAUUUAUUUUUUGUAAUCAACUAGACAUUUUACACCUGAGCAUCAUUCAGAUUCUUAAAGAUUAUGUGGCCUGUGUUUUAAUGACAGAAGAAACCUGAGGCACCUUAAUGCUAGCGAGGCAUCAGAAGUGGGCAAGCGGAGACAUUUGAACUGUUUAAUAUCAUUGUCACAGUUUCAUAUUGCUGUUGUGGCUCUACCUGCCACCCACACACUCACUCACACACGCAAAGAGUCUGUAGUUAGAACGUCUCUUAAGCAAAAUACAGAAACAGUGCCGAACAAAAUCUGAGUGUCAAACCAACCCAGUAAAGAACCAAAAACAAACAAAAAAAUGUGUUGAAUCGAACCCAUUUUUAUAGAUCAGUGUUAUAAAAAAAUUGCCUGCUUUUUACAAUCUGUUUUUUGAAAAAAAGAUGUUUACAUGUUUGUUUUUUUAUAUACAUAUUUACAUGUAAAUCACCUUUUUUUAUUUCUUUUUUUUUUUAAAGGCUAUCAGUCAAAGAACCCUUAGUCCUCAGACAAGCACCUGAAGGCCAAGAGGGGUAAGUGGGGAGGUGCCUUACCCCACCCUCUAUUCUGGAGCACAUGGUACGAUCCGCAGAGACUUUACCAAGUUCAUUAUGUGAGGACAGAACAAGUGUGUGACAUAAAGAAAGAAACAAAAGUUAAAGAGACUGUGAGAGGGCAUGCAGGAAGGCUGGGGAGAAAAUAGGAGACAGUUUGCACUUUUUUGUUGUGUUUUGUUUUUGUCCCCCCUCCUCGUUUCCAGCGCUUUGUGUAAAAGCACUGCCUUAAAUGAGGGAAUCAAAAAAUCUGGGUGAGAUGGAGAGGGAAGAAGAGGACAGUCUAAGCCUCUGUAGAGAGGAGGG